UGUAUAUUAUUUUCUAGGUGACUCUCACUGCUGACGGAUGGCGGGUUUCUCGGUAUUCCUGGGGUUUCUGAAGCAAAUACCUCGAUGCAGCAGCAUCUUCUUCACCCACCUUCUCUUCCUUCGGUUGGGAGAGGUGAACUCAGACGAGGUCAAGGUGCUGGGCCCUGAAGAGCCCAUUUUGGCCCUCGUCGGGGAAGCAGUGGAGUUCCAGUGCCACUUGUCACCAUACCAGGACGCAGAGCACAUGGAAAUCCUUUGGUUCAGGACCGACGUCUCCAACGUGCUGUACCAGUAUCAGGAGCCGCAGGGCCUCUCCAGCCCGCAGAUGCCGGAGUUCCGCAACAGGACCUUAUUUGAUACUAAUGGCAUUGUGGAUGGCAGCGUGAUCCUGCACAUCCUUAGAGUGGCUCCCUCCGAUGAGGGCCAUUAUGGGUGCCGCUUCCUUUCUCACAACUUCUCCGGCGAAGCCAUAUGGGAGCUGGAAGUAGCAGGGUUGGGCUCAGACCCACACAUCUCCCUUGAGGGCUUCAACGAAGAAGGAGGCAUUCAGCUGCAAUGCAGGUCCAGUGGCUGGUACCCCAGGCCGAAGGUUCAGUGGACCGACCACCGGGGCCAGUGCCUUCCUCCAGAAUCUGAAGCCAUUAUCCAGAAUGCCCACGGCCUGUUCAGUGUGGAGACAUCUGUGAUUGUCCAACGAGGGGCUCAUUACAAUGUGUCUUGCUCAAUCCAGAACCCCCUCCUGGCCCAGAAGAAAGAGUUUGUGCUGCAUAUUGCAGAUGUGUUCCUACCCAGAACAUCACCCUGGAAGAAAGCGUUCCUGGGAACCCUGCUGGUCACUCUGCUCACCCUGGCUGUGCUCACCUUGCUGGCACUGCAGUACUUUUACAAGCAGCAGCACUCCCGCGAAAAGCUGAUGGAGCAGGGAGAGAAGGACCGAGGAAGACUAACUGCACGGUUGGAGAAACUUCAGACAGAGCUUGACUGGAGAAGGUCCGAAGGCAAGGCCGAGUGGCGAGCAGCCCAGCAAUACACAGUGGAUGUGACCUUGGAUCCUGCCACAGCCCACCCUAGCCUGGAGGUCUCCAAGGACCACAAGAGCGUGUCCUCCCGCCCGGGGCCACCCACUACGGCGGCCCGCGACCCGCAGCGGUUCUCUGAGCAGACCUGCGUGCUGAGCCAUGAGCGCUUCUCCAGUGGCCGCCACUACUGGGAGGUGCACGUGGGCCGGCGCAGCCGCUGGUUUCUGGGUGUCUGUCUGGAGUCGGUGGAGCGCUCCGGGCCCGCGCGCCUGAGCCCGGAGGCCGGCUACUGGGUGAUGGGGCUGUGGAACGGCUGCGAGUACUUCGUGCUAGACCCGCAGCGCGUGGCACUGACGCUACGCGUGCCUCCCCGGAGGGUGGGUAUCCUGCUGGACUACGAGGCGGGGAAACUGUCCUUCUUCAACGCGUCCGAUGGCUCACACAUUUUCAGCUUCACCGACACUUUCUCUGGGGCGCUCUGCGCCUACUUCAGGCCCCGAGCCCAGGAUGGCAGUGAACACCCGGACCCCCUGACCAUCUCCUCUUUGCCGGUUAGAGGGCCACACCUCCUUGAAGAGAACGACUGUGACAAUUGGCUACAGCCCUAUGAAGUCUUGGAUCUAGCCUGGGCUGGAGAUGAGGCAUUGUCUUGACCUCAAGGCCCAGGUCCAGGU